AUGGGACGCGUGAGAACAAAGACAGUCAAGAGAGCCUCUAAGGUUCUGAUUGAGCGUUAUUAUCCAAAGCUCACUUUGGACUUUGAGACCAACAAACGCCUGACCGCUGAGGUCGCUGAGAUUCAGUCAAAGCGUUUAAGAAAUAAGAUUGCUGGUUACACCACCCACUUGAUGCGCAGAAUCCAAAAUGGACCAGUUAGAGGUAUUUCUUUUAAAUUGCAAGAAGAGGAGAGAGAGAGAAAAGACCAAUACGUUCCAGAAGUUUCUGCUUUGGACCUUUCCAACACCAAGGACCAGUUACACUUGGAUGCAGACACUGAACAACUUGUCAACUCAUUGGGUUUCAAACUGCCAAUUGCAGUUGUUCCUGUUUCUUCAACUAGGGCUCCUGCUAGAAGACUCAGAAAGUAA